AUGGCCGACAACGCCACCACCGCUGCUAUCAAACCAUUCAAGAUUGCCAUUACAGACACUGGUUUUCACGUCGUUGCUCCUUCCAUUCCUGGAUUCGGCUUCUCCUCUUGCCCAAACAAGACUGGCCUCAAGCACAGGCAGGAUGCAGAGGUGAUGCACAAACUCGUGUCGAGGCUCCACUAUAGCGAGUACGUAGUGCAAGGCAGAGACUGGGGCGCGAUGAUUGUCUGGGCAAUCGCCCACACUUACCCAAAGUCUGCCAAGGCGCUCCAUGUCAACCUUCUAUCAUUGACCGAGCCAGACUAUAACUAUAAGCCCGAGUAUACGGAGUUCGAGGAACGCUCUCUCCGACAGCACGAACAUUUUGAUACAAAAGGUUUCGCCUACUACCUCGUACAGAAUACCAAACCUCGCACUCUUGGAUUCGCGAUGCAUGACUCUCCAGUCGCCAUGCUGGCAUGGAUGGCAGAUAAGCUGUUCACAUGGUCUGACUCAUAUCCCUGGUCUCCGACUGAAUUUAUUACCUGGACACUACUGCAUUACUUCCCAGGACCAACGGGAGGCUUUUACAUUUAUAGGGAGAACAGUGCUACCGAAUUGAUGAGCGGAGCAGAUGCCGACAAGUUUUGGGAAACCCCAACAGCUGUCAGCGCUUUUGCGAAGGGGGCAGAGAUGGUUCCUCGAUCUUGGGCCGAGAGAAAGGCCAAUGUUGUUUUCUGGCAAGAACAUGAAAGCGGUGGACACUUCGCGGCCUACGAGAAGCCGGAACAAUUGGCCUCGGCCGUGGGACCACAGGCCCCGAAAGUUCGCCCAGAAGAUAUCCCAACAUAUUUCCCGACCAAAUUUGGAGUCUUGGACGGCGAGGCAUUCAUGAAAUGGAUAUUAGAGGAAGUUGGCAAAGGCAGUAGGACUCUAGCGGAAGGCUCAUACCACGUGAAUCCUGGACCUCAGGCGCACAUCUUCUCCUCAAAACUAGCAAGUGUCACGAUAUGGAUGGACUCUGUCAACUUGACCAUGACGGAGGUUGGACUUACAGCCUUCAACUUCUACGAGUGCUCCGAUCUCACCACCUACGGCCCAACGGUCUGGUGGGACACGCCUGGAUUUUCUCAAGCUACAAUAACGGAAGUCAAGAAUACUGGGAAUAACAAUUACAAACAAUAUAGAGUUCCAUCUCGACGAUGGCUAUAA